AUGGCAACGAACCAAGAUGUCGCGGCCGAGGAGAGGACGUUGGUGGCCGAGGAGAGGAGCGUGGCGGCCGAGGAGAGGAAGGUGGGCAUGGAGGAGCGAUCUAGAUUAUUGGAUUGGGAGAAGUACUUGCUCUUCAUGGACACAUCUAUCCUUAAUGAGGCGCAAAAGGAGUAUGUCAAUCUUGCCCGUGAAGAAGUCUUGAUCCAAAAAAGAGCCAUGAUUCGCGGCAUGGGUGGCGGUGGCCUUGGCGGCAUGGGUGGUGGUGGCCUUGGCGGCAUGGGAGGCAACGAUGGCUUUGGAGCUACCAUGGGCGGCAUGGGUGUCAUGGGUGGCUUUGGAGCUACCAUGCAGACCAUGGGAGGCAUGGGUGGCUUCGGAGCACCUCCGGUCGGCAUGAUGCCGUUGAAAAUCUUGCAAACACCUUCUGAGCUUCACAUGACGAUGCGGCGCGACAAUGAAGAGGAGGAAGAAUCGUCUUCGGAGGAGGAGGAAGAGUCGAAGGAAGAUGAGGAUGAAAACGAGGACGAGGCUUGA